AUGAUCGCGGAGUUGUUGAGCAGCGCCCUGGGGCUCGCCCUGUACCUCAACACCCUGAGCGCCGACUUCUGCUACGAUGACAGUCGAGCUAUCAAGACAAACCAGGACCUUUUGCCUGAGACGCCGUGGAUCCAUAUCUUCUACAAUGACUUUUGGGGGACGCUGCUGACUCACAGUGGGAGCCACAAGUCCUACAGACCUCUCUGCACACUUUCCUUCCGCAUUAACCAUGCUGUUGGGGGAAUGGACCCCUGGGGCUACCACCUUGUAAAUGUCCUCUUACAUGCUGCAGUCACUGGCCUUUUCACAAACUUCUCCAGGAUUCUCUUUGGCGAUGGGUACUGGACCUUGAUAGCAGGCCUGCUGUUUGCAUCUCAUCCCAUCCACACGGAAGCCGUAGCAGGGAUUGUAGGGAGGGCAGAUAUUGGAGCCUGCCUCUUCUUUCUGCUUUCCCUCAUGUGUUACGUGAAGCACUGCUCUACCAGAGGUUCCUCACCAAGUACUUGGGGCUGGAUCUUGGGAGCAGGGCUGUGUGCCGGAUGCAGCAUGCUGUGGAAGGAGCAAGGAGUGACUGUUCUGGCCAUUUCAGCUGUGUACGAUAUCUUUGUAUUUCAUCGACUGAAAAUGCAUCAGAUCAUUUCUGCUUUAUACAAGAGAAAGAAUUUGACCCUGUUCUUCAGCAUUGGUUUAUUGACCUCCUGGGGAACUGCACUGCUGGGUGUUCGCUUAUACUGGAUGGGCAACAAGCCCCCUAGUUUUUCUAAUUCUGACAAUCCAGCAGCUGAUUCAGACAGUUUUCUCACACGUACUCUAACCUUCUUUUACUUGCCAACCAAGAACCUCUGGCUGCUGCUGUGCCCAGACACCCUCAGCUUUGACUGGUCUAUGGAUGCUGUGCCUCUUUUAAAAGCCGUCAGUGACUGGAGGAAUCUACACACUGUGGCCUUCUAUGCAGGACUCCUCCUGCUUGCCUACUUUAGCUUGAAGGGCUCCAGCAAUGAGAGAGAAUGCAAUGGGAAAACUGUAAUGAAUGGCAAGCAAAAUGCUAAUGGGCAUAGCUGCCACCCAGAGAUGGAGUACAAGACACUGGAGGCGAAGUCAAGCUUUGCAUCAAAAGAAGAGAAUGGCCUAAAAAAGCAUGAAAUUCAGAAACUGCAGCUUCCUUCAACCGAGAACAUUGUCAUUCUGUCUCUCUCUUUGUUAAUAGUGCCCUUCGUUCCUGCCACAAACCUGUUUUUCUAUGUUGGCUUUGUAAUAGCAGAGCGUGUGCUGUAUGUUCCUAGUAUGGGCUUCUGCCUGCUGGUUACAGUAGGUGUCAGGGCCCUUUAUGUCAAAGCCCAAAAGCGCUUUCUGAAGAACUUGGUUUUUUGUUCCACUGCUGCAUUAAUUGUUUUCUAUGGACUCAAGACUGUUGUCAGGAAUGGGGACUGGCAGAAUGAGGAGAUGCUGUAUAGGUCAGGGAUAAAAGUAAACCCUGCUAAAGCAUGGGGUAACCUUGGAAAUGUUCUCAAGAGCCAGAGCAAGAUUUCUGAAGCUGAAAGCGCCUAUAGAAAUGCCUUGUACUACCGCAGCAACAUGGCUGAUAUGCUUUAUAAUUUAGGAUUACUACUUCAGGAAAACAGCAGGUUUUCAGAGGCAUUGCAUUACUAUAAACUGGCAAUUGGUAGCAGACCCACACUAGCUUCUGCAUAUUUAAAUACUGGUAUCAUCCUGAUGAACCAAGGGAAGACAGAGGAAGCCAGGAGGACUUUUCUGAAGUGUUCAGAGAUUCCUGAUGAAAAUCUGAAAGAUCCUCAUGCUCAUAAAAGCUCUGUUACCAGCUGUCUUUAUAACUUAGGAAAACUUUUUCAUGAACAAGGACACUAUGAGGAGGCCCUUACGGUUUACAAAGAAGCAAUACAGAAAAUGCCCAGGCAGUUUGCACCACAGAGCCUAUAUAACAUGAUGGGAGAAGCCUAUAUGAGGAUGAGCCGGCUGCCCGAAGCAGAGCACUGGUAUGUGGAGUCACUGCGAUCCAAGAGCGACCACAUCCCAGCCCAUCUCACCUAUGGAAAACUGCUGGCUCUCACGGGACGCAAGAGUGAGGCAGAGAAGUACUUCAUGAAGGCUAUUCAGCUGGAUCCUACCAAAGGAAACUGCUACAUGCAUUAUGGUCAGUUCCUCCUAGAAGAAUCUCGCCUGAUAGAAGCAGCUGAAAUGGCAAAAAAAGCAGCUGAACUUGAUAAUAUGGAAUUUGAUGUUGUUUUCAAUGCAGCCCAUAUGCUCAGACAAGCCAGUCUUAAUGAAGAGGCCGAGAAGUAUUAUGAAAUGGCAGCAGGAUUAAGACCUAAUUAUCCAGCUGCCCUAAUGAAUCUUGGAGCCAUUCUCCAUCUAAAUGGCAAGCUGAAAGAGGCUGAAGAAAACUACCUCCUUGCUCUUCAACUUAAACCUGAUGAUGUCAUCACCCAGUCCAAUCUUCGCAAAUUGUGGAACAUCAUGGAGAAACAAGGUUUGAAAACAUCCAAAACAUGAUGAUGAAAAUUCUGAACUUCUUUUCCUUAAAGUGAUUCAACCCAGGAACUAGAACUUCCACACAGUUGUCAGGUCAGAGAACUUGCUGGACUUGACUGUAAGGAUCAGAGGUCCUAAUUGCUGCUAGGAGAAGCUAUUCUGCUAGAGAAAUAGAAAAAGGGAGACUUUGAGGGAUUCAUGGAGAACUUGUUACGCAACAAAAGUAUUUGGAAACAAUGGCACAUGAGAGAAGUUGUUUCAGUAUAUUUGAUAAACAAUUGCAAAUCCCAUAUUGCUUACUUUUGGGUGGGUACUUGAAAGUAUACUGUCAUAGAAAUAUGAAGGGAAAAUCACACAGUAUACACUAAGCCAUAUGGGAAUACGAGUGGUAAUAGUAGGUUAAAGUAUUUUGCUGAUACUGUAACUCAUUAAAAUGUGUACUAAAUCCAGUGUGUUUGCAGUUUGUCUUAAUGCUGCUGUAUCUCACUUUUGAACCACUUGCUAGCCAAUUUUACAGCUUAUAUGGCCCAUUUUUUUUCAAACCUGUCACAUGAUUAGAUGACAGCACUGCAAGUUGUUUACUGUUACUUCAGUAUGCCUGGUACUUCAGCUUGUUAACUUAUAGUGCAGUUUUCUUGAGAUACACAGUCAAAUUUCUGUGAGGAAGACAGAAUGACCAAGGAGCUGUCUGUAUUCUACAUCAGAUGUAGUAUGUGGGCUAGUAAAAAAAAGACCAGAGAUGUGAUUUAGUAAUACAAGCAAGAGGGAUGUUUGUCCUCAUACCAAAACAGUGUGGUCAGACUGUCAUCUUAGAAAAAAAUAAUUGAUAUUAUAGAAUAAUGUAUUUGACUCUCUUUACUUUGCUAUCAGAUAAGUCUAACUUUAAAUCAGACUCUGCACAUGAUACUUUUGCAGUUAGUAAUUAAAAUGAGAGUUGAAAAUAUUAGUGCUUGGGUAAGCCACAAUGAGACUUCAUGAGCAACUCAGAGAAAAGGGAAUGUUAUGCAUUGAUGAGGCUAGCAAAUAACUGAAGGGACUCGAUUCAGUAAUGCUUAAAAUAGUGUAGAUUAAGAGGAAUCAGUAAUGGUGGUUGCCAGUUACUUUUCAUAUUGUUGGUGUUUUAAACAAACCUAUUCAGAUUCUAACCAAAUAUUAGCAUUCUGUUUGUAUUCUGACACAUGCUAGCAGCAGAGAUGUCAAAUAUCUAGAUAUGCUUUUGGUGAGGUUCAAUUUAUUUCUGUUUCAGAAUAAUUUAGCCUCAUUACUGUUUUAGUCUUCAGAUUUUAAAUGUACAAAUAA